AUGGUGAGUUCCCCAUCUGAUCUUUCCAGCAUGCAUCUGGCACUUGUCUUCUUCUUUUUUAUCUCCUAGGUUGUUUUGAUCUUCGGGUUUUUGGACGGACGGAAUGAGUUCUACUUGUGUCGUAAUUUUUUUGAAGUAUAUUUUUUUCUGGGCGUUGUGCAGUCUCUGAUCGCGAACGAGGACUUCCAGCACAUUCUGCGUCUACUGAAUACGAACGUUGAUGGGAAGAAAAAGAUCAUGUUCGCCCUCACCUCCAUCAAGGGUGUCGGGCGCCGGUUUGCCAACAUCGCGUGCAAGAAGGCCGAUAUCGACAUGAAUAAGAGGUGACCUUCCCCUCCGAUAGCCUCGAGCCGGUCUACGCUGUUUGAUGGAGUGUUGCGUUCAGAUUGCUUGGGUUUUAGCGCGAGUGUUUCCUGGAUAAUUGGAUUCCAUUGUCACCUCGUCUGGAGCUAGUGUUUGGAUUUCAGAUGUUGUAGGCGUGUCAUGCGAGGAUGCCACAUUUCCAUAUUGUUUGCAUAUUUGAUUCGAAUAUGGAACAAAUUUGAGUACGGUUUUGUUCCCGGGGACUCCUCAUUUUGUGAAAAACCUGCAAACAUAAUUUCUGUGACAUUGACGCGGCAGUUCAUCAACGUCUUUCUUCUUUGAUGGAGCCAUUUUUCUUUUAGUGAUCUAUUGUUGGAGAAGAUUUAGCGUCGCGACCCGUGAUCUACGUUUGCCCAAACGUUUGUUUCUCACAGUGUUUCGUUCCAGUGCAUUUGAACUUUCUCUCUGGACAGAGGCCAUCGAUGACUAAUAAUUUUGGCAAUAUUCGCUAUCUUUUUAUCGAAUAUUAUCUUCUUGUUCAAUGGAGACUAACUGGUUGCUCCAUUCUGAUGGGAUAUAAUUAGGGCUGGCGAGCUCUCCACUGCCGAAAUUGAGAACCUGAUGACAGUCGUUGCCAACCCUCGUCAGUUCAAAAUCCCCGACUGGUUUCUGAACAGAAAGAAGGAUUACAAGGACGGUAGGUACUCCCAAGUGGUUUCCAACGCUCUUGACAUGAAGUUGAGGGAUGAUCUUGAGCGUCUGAAGAAGAUCAGGUUUGUUCUGAAUCAUCCUUGUUGUUCUCUUCAAGUCCGACGUCUUUGGAUAAAUAUAACCUCUCCACCUCACAAGUUCAUACGUUUCCUCGUGUUUUUUAAUUCGGAUUCCCAUCGCCACUGCCACGCUGCUUGGCGAUCUAGCUACUGUAAAAAAUCUCUUCUUGAUUUUUUUUGGUUAGAAGCCCUAUAUAUACCCACCCGGCUAACCUUUACCUCCAUUAUCCUGUUUAUGCUUAAUUUUUAGCUAUUUUCACUGAAUGUUCAUUAAUGAAAAGACUUAUGCGUCUAUUUCGGCAAAAUAAUAGACCAUCUGUUGUACCACACACACUGUGGUUCGUCGCCCAUCGUCAGAUUUCCUUCUUCAGCAAUCUCGCGCUAUUUUAUGAAAGGACUUUGUGGCAAUUUGUACAUGACUCUUUAAUCAUAUCCUAGACCAGGUCAUCGAUGUGGCCUGUAUCUAUCUCAGAAUGCAUCAAGGAGUGUUCAAAAACACGUUGACUUCCAGCAAUAUGCUAUUCAUUCGUUGCGCUUACAGUGACCCCUCCCCCCCACCCACACACACACACACACACACACACACAGAUCCCCCUCUCCGUGUAUGAUGAGCUCCUGCUAAAGUUUUUCUUUUUCCUUUUCACAUGAGAGAAACUUAGAAACUGUUGGGAAUUCAUAAACAUCAUCUUCAAAUAGCAAUCCAGGGAACGUUGACUCACGGCAAUGUUUUGACUUGUUGAGAUUAUCGGGUGCAUGACUGAUUUUAUUGCCGGGUUCUCAGGAAUCACCGGGGCCUGAGACAUUACUGGGGCCUUCGCGUCCGCGGGCAGCACACCAAGACCACUGGUCGGCGGGGGAAGACUGUCGGUGUCUCCAAGAAGCGAUGA